UUACUCACCACAUUUCAAAAGAAAAAAUCUCUCCUUUCUCCUCACCACAUUUUCAAACGUCACUACAUUUCUCUAGCAUUCAUCUAGAUUGCCUCGUGAGAGUUAUCAUGCUAGCUUAUCGACAGUUAAGCCAAACAUUAGCUAAGUUAGCCUUAGCUAAUGUUUUCCCACAUUCAUUGGGGAAAGAGGUAGACAUCUUUUCUUUUGUGAAUCCUUCUUGUACUUUUAUUUUUAGACUUUUGAAGAGUUUGAAGCUGUUCUUCAGUGUUUACCAGAAGAUUUAUUUAGAUGAGUACUUUCACUUUACCCGAGUGAGAAUUUGGGCUCUGCCUCACUCCAUCUCUCUUUCUUUCCUCUCCUCCAAAAGAAUUCCUCUCCUCCUCAUCUCUCUCCUACUUUCUUGAUUCCUUCUCUCUUUUCCUGCACUUAAUCGAAAAAGCUCUAACUCUAGCAAUAGAAGAUCGGGACCAGGACCAGAAGAAGAUGUCCAAAUCAGAGUGCAAGAGUGCAUCGAGGCGGCUGAGAUGGAUCAAAUCAGCUGCUGUCUCUUUCUUCCUUCUUCUGGUGUACACACAGGGAAUGGCCGAAGGGCGCCGAGUCACCAAAGUCCCUCGCUGUCCAGCUACCUGCUCCUGCACCAAAGACAGCGCCUUCUGCGUAGACACUAAAGCCAUCCCCAAGAGCUUCCCGCCUGGCAUCAUUUCACUGACAAUGGUGAAUGCAGGCUUCACUGAGAUCCCCGAAGGAGCGUUCUCUCACCUACACUUGCUGCAGUUCCUUUUGCUGAAUUCCAACACUUUCACUGUGAUUGCUGAUGAUGCCUUCGCUGGCCUCUCGCACCUGCAGUAUCUGUUUAUUGAGAAUAAUGACAUUCACUCACUCUCCAAAUACACUUUUAGAGGCCUGAAGUCUCUAACGCACCUAUCUCUGUCUAACAACAACCUGCAGGUCUUACCCAGAGAACUGCUCAAAUACCAGGACAUCCUCACUGACCUAGAUCUGAGAGGGAACUCGUUCCGCUGCGACUGUAAGAUUAAGUGGCUGGUGGACUGGAUGGAGAAAUCCAACACCUCCGUCCCGACUAUAUACUGUGCCAGUCCCUUUGAGUUCCAGGGCCGACGCAUCCAGGACUUAACACCACGAGACUUCAACUGCAUCAGUGCAGAUUUCGCUUUGUACGAGACCUACCCAUUCCAGACCCUCUCUGUGGAGUCGUAUGACUUUAACGAUGACUUGUAUGUGGUGUUCGCUCAGCCCAACACGGGAAUAUGUACUGUUUACAUCUGGGAUCAUGUGGACAUGCUUUUCAGGACCCAUUACAACAUCACAUCUCGAUCUGCAGUGUACUGCAAGCCUGUGGUGAUCAACAACACACUCUACAUGGUGGUAGCCCAACUCUUUGGUGGAUCCCAUAUCUAUAAGUGGGAAGAAGGGCCUUUGCAGUUUGUCAAAAUCCAGGACAUCGACGCCAGCCGUGUACGCAAACCCAACUUCAUCGAGAUGUUUCAGGUUGAAGGAGAUUGGUACUUUGCGGUAGUGGACAGCUCCAAGGCAGGUUCCACUAGCAUCUACCGCUGGAACAGCAACGGCUUCUACUCGCACCAGUCUCUUCACCCAUGGCACCGUGACACACAUAUCCACUUCCUGGAGGUGGACGGUAAGGCCCGGCUAAUCUUGUCGAGCUCCUCCCAGCCUCCAGUGGUGUACCAGUGGAACCGUGGGACACGGCAGUUCGUCGUCCACUCUCAGAUCCCACAUGCAGGUGAUGUACACAUGGUCAAGCACUUCUGGGCCCAUCAAGCACUCUACCUCUGCCUGACGCGGUUCAUUGGCGACUCGAGGCUCGUGCGCUGGGAAAGCCAGCGCUUUGUGGAGAUCCAGACGCUGCCUUCACGUGGCUCAAUGGCGCUACAACCGUUUAACGUAGGAGUGAGGCACUACCUGAUUCUGGGCAGCGAUUACUCCUUCUCACGGAUCUACCUGUGGGACGAGCUCACACAGUGCUUCCGGCCUUUCCAGGAGCUCAACGUUUUGGCACCUCGUGGUUUUAGCCUCGUCUCCAUUGACAACAAAGACAUCUUGCUCGUUGCCAGCUUUAAAGGGAAGACUGUGGCAUAUCAGCAUCUACUGGUGGACCUCAGUGCCAAGUAAACUCCAGAGUAUAGGUUUUGUUAAUGGAAGAUCAAUAUGUUGCCUGGCUUUUGUUGCAAAUCCUGUUUAUAUGCAAUACAGACUUUAUGUCUUUUGGACAGGUCUUUAAUUUCAUCAAUUUGUAGUCUUGUAAAAUAGCAUAAAUUAGCAUGCCGACUUGCCCUUCAAGAAUGGAACUGGACACUGUUCAUUAAAUCUGUUCUGGAUAUAAGCUUAUACAUAUGCAGUAGAUAUGAAGGUAAGUGUAUACUGACCUCAAAAUAAAGCAAGAUCUACACUCACUGUUAACUUUAUUAGGGGCAUUUGCCAAACAGCCAAUUUUGUGGCAGCUGUGCAGAUACAGAUCAAGAGCGUCAGGUAAUGUUCACAUCAAACAUCAGAAUAAAGAGAAAAUGGGAUCUCUGCAGCUUAGACCUUGGCAUGGUUUGAGUAUUUCAGAAAAGACUGAUCUAAUGGGAUUUUCACGCACAACAGUCUAUACAUGGUGCUGGUGUGCAAAGCAUCUAGGUGUAAACGCUUUGUUGAUGAGAAGCUCAGGGGAGACGGGUUCGAGCUGACGGGAAGGAUACAAUAACUCAUAUAACCGAUCUUUACAAACACGGUGAGCAGAAAAGUAACUCAGAAGUCACAACACCUCGAGCCCUGAUGUAGAUGAGCUACAAGAUCAUGUCUCGAUCAUGCCAGCCACAUGAUUGGCUGACUGGAUAAUUGCAUGAAUGAUUAGGUGUACAGGUGUUCUUAUUAAAGUAGACAGUGAGACAGUCUCGAUAUAUGGAGCAUUCUUUUCAGCAUGAUAAAAUGAAACUGUAUUUUUUGCCAUCAAUCAUCUGCCAUCAUUAAUAAUUUAACGGUCCUGUCCAGAAACUACAGAUUACGAAUGACCAAGACAAAGUACUACUAUUGAUAAAAAUCCGGAUUUAAAGAUACCACACAGUGUGUUUGUGAGUACAUACUGUUACCCAGGUUAAAUUUUAAGAUCUCAUAGCCUCAUCGAUGGUUAUGUACAAAAUCAGUUUGUGAUAUAAAAGGUGUUGAUUUGUUGAUUUUCAUGCAGAUUUUUUGGUAUGCAUGUGUUGUGCCAGACUAACAACUACGAUAAUUUCUAUAGUAAUCACUAUACAAUUUCAUGCAAUCUUCAUCUACACACUUUAUCCCAUCCCACAAAAACCUGUAACAUAUCAAAGCACGAACUUAUUGUCAUUCUGUGCACUGAAACUACUUAAAAAAGAAAAAAAGAAAAAGCAUCUCUUUGGGUUUUAUGUAUGACUGAGCAUGUGGAUUUUUCAUUAUGACGAUCCAUGACUAAUAUGAAACGUCAUGGAUGUUUAUCAUCAGCGUUGGAAAUAAAUUUAUACAAU